GAAAGAUACGCCCGGCCGUCGUCACCCGGAAACGGCUUCUUCCCACCCUACGUGGACCCGCCCUCUAGCGGCGGGACCUAAAGGGCUCUUCUAGCCCCAAGUUGUGUGCCGUCCCUAUGGCUGCCUGCGAGGAGGUGAGCGUGUCCGGCUUUGAGGAAUUUAACCGGGCUGUGGAGCAGCACCGGGGCAAGACCAUUUUCGCCUACUUUAGCGGUUCUAAGGAUGCUGAAGGAAAAAGCUGGUGCCCUGACUGCGUGCAAGCUGAACCAGUCGUUCGAGCGGGGCUGAAGCACGUUAGUGAAGGAUGUGUGUUCAUCUACUGCCAAGUAGGAGAAAAAUCGUAUUGGAAAGAUCCAAAUAAUGAUUUCAGAAAAAAACUGAAAAUAACUGCAGUGCCUACACUACUGAAAUAUGGAACACCUCAAAAACUGGUAGAAUCUGAGUGUCUUCAAGACAACCUUGUGGAAAUGUUGUUCUCUGAAGAUUAAGAUUUGAUGGUGACAUUGUGUCUUGAUUUCAUGGUUUGCUCUAGUAUAAAAGAAAUUGUGUACUUGCUUUGAAUUCUUGUUGUCAAUAAAUGGUGUUAAAUCAGUAUGUCUAAGCAAUAAAGAAUGCUAUUCUAAAUAUGAAUCUUCAUCUGGCUUGUAACAUAUGGUAUCCCAAAGAUAUGACUGAAUUAAGUUUUGAAGGAUAGCAGUAAUAGUUCAAAGGGAUAAACUGGAGGUGACAACUAAAAGCUCACAAUAGUGCCUUGAUAACUCUUCCAAAUCUGAGGCAAUAGGGAUCUUUUCCCUUAAAUUCCAUAAAUUUUCAAAGCAAUUAAUAUUCCUAAAACCUCUUACCUUUAGAAUGUAGAACUGCACUGAAAUACUAAGGGAAAAAUACAGCAUACCUAAUGAAGUCUGCUUAGAUCAUGCAGAUUUUACAGCUGUCUGAAUGUGCUUCAUUUGCAAUAAGGCAGAAGAGGAAAGGGGGCUGAAUACUAGAAAACCUAGUUGGGGGGAAGAACUUCAUCUUGUGAGUCGGACACAUUGAUUCUACCACUUACUAGAUGUAUAACCACAAAUAAAGUUACUGAAGCUGU